AUGAUGGCGGCCUACGCCGGGGUACCUGGGGGACGCUCGCCGCCCCGCCCCCCCCUCCUGUCUUUCGGGGGCUGCUGGGGGCCCGGAUCUGGGCCGCUGACGCCGGGAGAGUCGGCCGCGGCACGCGCAGAGUCGAGCGUCGGAGCGGAGUUCACGCGCCCGGGGCGCGGAGUCGGUAACAGGUUCUUCCUCACGUCGUUUGGUGCCCUGUACAUAUCGGACGUGCAGAAGGAGGACGCUCUCUCCACCUACCGCUGCAUCACCAAGCACAAGUACAGCGGAGAAACCAGGCAGAGCAAUGGGGCCAGGCUCUCUGUGCUGGACCCGACGGAGUCCACCCCCUCCAUCCUGGACAGCUUCCAGUCGGGGGAGGUGCAGGUGGGGCGCAGCGUGGAGCUGCCCUGCAUCGCCUCGGGGUACCCCAACCCCACCAUCCGCUGGCUGAAGGACGGCCGCCCGCUCCCCACAGACUCCCGCUGGACCCGCCGCCUCACGGGCCUCACCGUCAGCGACCUGCGCCUGGAGGACAGCGGCAACUACAUCUGCGAGGUCACCAACAGCUUCGGUUCCAAGGAGGUGACCGGGCACCUCAACGUCAUCGACCCCCUGCGCGUGACCCUCUCCCCUAAGAACCUGAAGACGGGGAUCAGCAGCACGGUGAUCCUGUCCUGCGCGGUGCAGGGCUCUCCCCAGUUCACCGUGUCCUGGUUCCGCAACACGGAGCCCGUGUCCCCCGACCAGCACUUCUCCAUCCAGGGGUCCCACAACGAGACCCUGUUCAUCAGCGCCGCGCAGAAACCCCACUCAGGGGCCUACCAGUGCUUCGCCACGCGCAAGGGCCAAACCGCGCAGGACUUCUCCAUCAUCCUGCUGGAGGACGGGACGCCCCGCAUCGUGUCCUCCUUCAGCGAGCGCGUGGUGGCCCCCGGGGAGCCCUUCUCGCUGAUGUGCGCGGCGAAAGGGGCCCCCCCCCCCACCAUCACCUGGACGCUGGACGACGAGGCGGUGGCGCGCGACCCCACGCACCGGGCCAGCCAGUACACGCUGUCGGACGGGAGCACCGUGUCCCACGUCAACGUCAGCAGCCCGCAGAUCCGCGACGGAGGGGUGUACCGCUGCGCAGCCCGAAACUCGGCCGGCAGCGCAGAGUACCAAGCGCGCAUAAACGUAAGAGGUGCCUGGUUGGAGCGGCAGGCUCCAGGCCGCUGGAGCUCAGCGGAGGAGCGGCUGUAA